CAUACUUGCUUGUGAUACAUUUGUAGAUAAAAGCAAAAUAAAGAGUUCUAACCAUGGCUGCAUCAUCAUUCUUUGUCCCUUCAUCCAUAAUGGAAGAAGAAGCAAGAUUUGAAGCGGAGGUAGCAGAGGUGCAAGCAUGGUGGAACUCAGAGAGGUUCAAGCUAACAAAGAGACCAUACACAGCAAGAGACGUGGUGUCCCUUCGUGGCAACCUCAGACAAAGCUAUGCAUCAAACGAGAUGGCGAAGAAGCUCUGGCGAACCCUCAAGACCCACCAAGCCAAUGGCACUGCCUCCAGAACCUUCGGUGCACUUGACCCUGUUCAGGUCACCCAAAUGGCUAAGCAUUUGGACUCUAUCUAUGUGUCUGGCUGGCAGUGUUCCGCUACUCACACCACCACCAACGAACCUGGUCCUGAUCUUGCUGAUUACCCUUAUGAUACUGUCCCUAACAAGGUUGAACACCUCUUUUUUGCUCAACAGUACCAUGACAGGAAGCAAAAAGAGGAGAGGAUGAGAAUGAGUAGGGAAGAGAGGGCAAGAACCCCUUAUGUUGACUACCUGAGGCCAAUAAUAGCCGAUGGUGACACCGGCUUCGGAGGCACCACCGCGACCGUUAAGCUAUGCAAGCUCUUCGUGGAGCGCGGUGCCGCCGGCAUCCACAUUGAGGACCAGUCCUCAGUGACGAAGAAAUGCGGCCACAUGGCUGGAAAAGUACUUGUCGCCAUAAGCGAACAUAUUAACCGGCUUGUGGCCGCAAGGCUUCAAUUCGAUGUGAUGGGAGUGGAAACAGUUUUGGUGGCAAGAACCGACGCAGAAGCCGCUAAUAUGAUCCAAUCCAAUAUCGACACGCGUGACCAUCAGUUUAUACUGGGAGUCACGAACCAAAACCUUAGAGGGAAAAGCCUUGCAACUCUCAUGCAGCAAGGAAUGGCGGCCGGAAAGAGUGGCCACGAGCUACAAGCCCUGGAAGACGAGUGGAUAUCAAUGGCAGGGCUAAAGACAUUCUCCGAAGCUGUGGUGGACGCAAUCAAAGCGAUGAACAUUGGGGAGGAGGAGAAGAGAAGGAAGAUCAACGAAUGGCUGCAGCAUUCUCAUUACGACAAGUGUCUCUCAAACGACGAAAGCAGAGAAAUCGCUGAGAGAUUAGGGGUAAGGAACUUGUUCUGGGACUGGGAUCUGCCAAGAACAAGAGAAGGGUUCUACAGAUUCAAAGGGUCGGUAACCGCUUCAAUUGUGAGAGGUUCAGCUUUCGCUCCACAUGCAGAUCUAAUUUGGAUGGAAACAGCAAGCCCCAAUCUGCAAGAAUGUACGGAAUUCGCGGAAGGGAUAAAGUCGAGGAACCCGGAGAUUCUUCUGGGCUACAACCUUUCGCCGUCGUUCAACUGGGAUGCUUCUGGAAUGAGCGACGAGCAGAUGAGGGAGUUCAUACCAAGAAUUGCGAGGUUGGGGUAUGUUUGGCAGUUCAUAACUGUUGGAGGGCUCCAUUCCAAUGCUCUCAUUACUUCAAUGUUUGCAAGGGAUUUUGCAAACAGGGGAAUGCUUGCUUAUGUUGAAAGGAUUCAGAGAGAAGAGAGGAACAAUGGUGUUGAUACUCUUGCUCAUCAGAAAUGGGCUGGUGCUAAUUACUAUGAUAGGUACCUCAAGACUGUUCAGGGUGGUGUUGCUUCAACUGCUGCAAUGGGCAAAGGAGUGACUGAAGAGCAGUUCAAAGAAACAUGGACAAGACCAGGAGCUGAGAACAUUGGUGCAAGCAGUGUGGUGGUUGCUAAGGCCAGAAUGUGAUUAAAGAGCCACUUCUCCUAAGGAGGGACUGUUAUAACCAAUUCCUGAAUUUGAAUUUCAAUAAGUGUUUAGAAUAAUGAUAGAAAAAAAAAAAAAGACAGUCAUCAUUAAGUCAUAUAGUUUGAUAUUAUAUUUUUAUUUUUGGUUGCAGAUUUAUCUUUUAUUUGGCAGUGUGGGCAAUUCUAUGCUAAGGAACGAUAAAGUUUGUUUAUGUGCUUUCUUAUUUGGUGGAUUACAGUUUAUUGU